UCUAAUCUCUGGUGAGAGGGGGACACGAAAGGGGAAUGAUGGGUACCAGGCACCGAGGGCUCGGACACAGUCAGGCGGGGCUACGGGGCGUUAUCGGCAGUGUGAGAAAGCAUGGAGCACCCGCGCAACUCCCAGGGAAGAAGUGAACACAACUGCAGGGACAGCGACAUGACCCUCCGACUCACCCUGGAGGACCGAACUCUUCCCCGGGCACAGUGCUGUUAGGAGCGGCGCCGGGCUGGAAGAAGAAGGGACUCAGAGUGUCGGAGCCUUUUUGUCUGGGACUGGGACUGGGACUGGGACUGCACCGGGACAGACAGACGCUCCGCCAUGAGACAUUAGCGGCUACCGCCUGACACACAGCCAAGUCGGACUUCCAGUCUUCACAAUGAGCCGUUAAAUUCCUGCUCUCGUCUCCGGAGUGGAGGAAAAGAGGAGGCAGCGAAGAGUUUCAUUCAUCUCUCUUCGUGUGUGUGUGUGUGUGUGUGUGUGUGUGUGUGUGUGUGUGUGUGUGUGUGUGUGUGUGUGUGAGCUGGACCGCGUUCCAGCCGUGGUGGACGUUAUAAGAUGCGGUGGAUAACGCUGUUAGUAGUGGGUCUAACGGUCUGGACUACUCUGUCUCACUGCUUCGACUAUGAAGAACCCAGUUUUGACUAUUACAACGAAGGAGACAAGACGGAAAAUAUAGACUACAAAGACCCGUGUAAAGCCGUUGCGUUUUGGGGCGACAUUGCGUUGGACGAGGAGGAUCUGCGGAUGUUUCAGAUCGACAGGACAAUAGACGUGACGCAACACACACACACUCACUCACACACUCCAACACACUCCAGACAAGGACAAACGACUGACUAUAGGCCUAUAAACUCCAGUCAUGAAUCAGCCUCCGGUCCCAGGACCCAGACUGGGAAAACAGCUGCUGGAAGGACUGGGAAGGCCGUAAAGAGUGGGAAUACUGGGAAGUCGGCAAGAUUUGGGAAAACAGAGAAUGCCUGGAGUGUUGUUGUGAAGAAUCGUGUUCCCAGAGCAGCAACCUCCCGAGCUGAGAGGAUCUGGCCAGGGGGAGUCAUACCUUACAUCAUAGGAGGAAACUUCACUGGCAGUCAAAGAGCGAUGUUCAAGCAGGCGAUGCGUCACUGGGAGAAACUGACCUGCGUGACCUUCAUAGAGAAGACUGAAGAAGAGAGUUACAUCGUCUUCACUUACAGACCCUGUGGGUGAGGAGGG